AUGGCUUGCAAAGGCAACGCUUCCGAGUACUGCGGCGGAGCUGGACGCAUGAAUCUUUACAGCUACAAUGGUGCCACUCCGGUGCAAGGACAAGCCGCUCCGGCCGCUACCAGUUCUGCUGCGUCUGUUCCGGUAAACAUUCCUGCCGGAUGGGCCACGCUCGGCUGCUACACUGACUCUGAUAAUCCUGCAAAAAGAGCUCUUGGUACAUUCUUCACCCAGCCUUCCGGUGGUAUGACAGCCGAGACUUGCAUCAAUUUGUGCUCAACCAAUGGAUAUACUAUUGCCGGUGUCGAGUACUCCACAGAGUGCUACUGUGAUACCGUGAUCAGGAACAACCAAGGUCUCGCUGCAGAUGGCAACACUGGCUGCAAUAUGGCUUGCUCAGGAAAUGCUGGCGAGACUUGUGGCGGUCCCAAUCGUCUCAAUGUCUAUGCUGUUGGUGGCGAUGCAUCCUACGCUGGCCAGCUGACGACCGACACAUGCCUGUCCACCUGCCAAGCAGCAGGGUAUCCUUACGCCGGGACUGAAUAUGGCGACGAAUGUCAUUGCGGCUCAUCAUUCGACAAUGGCGGUGGUGUAGCAUCCGAUGGCAAUGCCGGCUGCUCCUUCGCCUGCGCCGGCAAUAGCAGCGAGAUCUGUGGUGGCAGUCAGCGGCUCUCCAUGUACGAGUACAUCAACACGGAUGGGACUGUCUCGAGCACAGCCCCAGCAAGCUCUACCUCACCAGUAGCCAGCAGCCCUACCACGACAACAAAGUCCUCGCCUGUGACCACCAGCCUACCCUCUAGCUGGCAACACAGCGCUUGCUACGUCGAUCAGACCAACGGCCGUAUCCUGCCGCAGCAACUACCGGACUCUUCGAGCUUGACACCAGUAUCUUGCAUCAACACCUGCGCAGCUGCUGGCUACAGCGUCGCCGGGGUUGAGUACAGUAGCCAGUGCUUCUGCGGCAAUGCGAUCGUUAAUGGUGGCGCUCCUGCUUCUGAUAGCGUCGCGGCCUCCCAGUGCAAUAUGGCCUGCUCCGGCGACUCUACUGAAUCAUGUGGCGGUCCAGGCCUGAUGGAUCUCUACUACACUGGGACUUUGACUACCCAGGCUGCGGCUGCUGCUCAGACCAGCGGACUCCCGAGUACGUGGCAGUAUGCCGGGUGUUUGUCCGACAACGUCAACUCUCGCAGCCUACCUGUUCAGAUCAACGUCGCCAACAAUGACGCCACCACUUGUCUCAAUGCUUGUGCUGUACAGAGCUAUUCUGUCGCUGGCCUUGAGUAUGGUAACCAGUGCUUGUAA